AGACGAACUUCGUCAGGCGAGAAAAAUAUUGCUUCCCCAAGGAAGUCUUCUGGAGGUGAAGAUGGGGACGCUUAUGUUUCAGAAGAUGAAGGCGAAGGAAUUUAUUUCAAGCCUGUCAUACCGCUUCCUCCGCUGGUCGAAGUAACUUCGGGAGAAGAGGACGAAGAAGUUCUGUACGUUCAUCGUGCCAAGUUGUACAGAUUUUCGGCUGCGGACAAAGAAUGGAAGGAACGAGGUCUUGGAGAUGUUAAAGUGUUGAAAAACCGUUCGACGUCCCAUUGUCGCAUCUUGAUGAGGAGGGAACAAGUGCUGAAGCUCUGCCUCAACCAUUAUUUGACGCCGGACAUCACGUUCUCGGCAUUCGCGAGCAAUGACGUGAGAAGUUGGACAUGGCUUGCGAAGGAUUUCUCGGAAGAUGAGCCAGAGGUGCACAAGUUCGCAUUGAGGUUCAAAAACAAGGAGAUUGCCGAAGAGUUUUUGGAUUCCGUCAAGAAAGCCCAGGAAAUCAUGAAAACGGCUUGUGAAAAGAAAGAAACGUUACCGGCUGGAGAAGAGAAGACCCAGAAGUCUGGCACUGAUGACGAAGUGACGGUUGUCUUCGAAAAGAAAUUGCCGGACAAUUUGAUUCAACGAGCGAUAAGACUCAAGCUGCCUACGAACUUCUUUGAUUACGAGAACAAGACCCCGUGUCCCGGCUGCAGAGGUUGUGAUGAUGACUGGGAUUGGAGAACUGGAACUUCAUCCGAAAGGAAAGGGCCAGUCCUGAAAACCGAUGCCGGUUUUGGUGACCAGACAAAGAAACAAGAUGCUGCUCCCUUGUUUGGUGCUGUGUCGACAGAAUUGCAAUCAGCCAGUGCCCCCGUGUUCGGAGGUUUUUCUGCCGCAGUAAAACCUCCUUUUCACAGCGAACCGGUAUUUGGUAAACUUGGGGCAUUCGGAUCAGAUACAAUUACCACUCCAAGCGUUGCCACCGUGUCCUCGGCAUUCGGGGGCUUCGGUAGUUUCGGAGGUGUUGGUGGCAUGACUUUCAGUGAUCUUGCGAAACAGUCAGGGGGUUUUGGCACUGCAUUCGGUGGAAGUAAAGAACCGGCGGAAGGUGGAGGAGAGUUUUCGUCGUUCACCAGUUUUAGCGGGAAAGGCUUUUUCCCUGGAGCGGGUGAAGUUAUGCGAGGUUUCAGCAAUGGGCAACCUACUGGAGACGAAGGAUCGGAGGGCGACAACUAUGAUCCACAUUAUGAGCCGAUUGUCCCGUUGCCACCGGUCGUUCAGUUGAAAACUGGGGAGGAAGAUGAAGAAAACAUCUAUUCACACAGGUAA